UGAGUGCAAAGCAAAGCAACCCCCUGCAGCGGUGCUGCCCAGAGUGGGCUCUCUGAUGCUUAAUGAAGGAUGCUCUCUUUUAGUUUGCCCCUCGGUGAAGCUGCCUUGGGAUCUGAGCUUCUGGUAAACACGUUGGCCUGUUAAAGGACAUGAUUCAGACUGUCCCAGAUCCAGCAGCUCACAUCAAGGAAGCAUUAUCAGUGGUGAGUGAAGACCAGUCCUUGUUUGAGUGUGCCUACGGAUCGCCCCACCUUGCAAAGACAGAGAUGACGGCCUCCUCCUCCAGCGAAUAUGGGCAGACAUCAAAGAUGAGCCCACGCGUUCCCCAGCAGGACUGGUUAUCACAGCCCCCAGCCAGAGUCACCAUCAAGAUGGAGUGUAACCCAAACCAGGUUAAUGGGUCAAGGAAUUCACCUGAUGACUGCAGCGUGGCAAAAGGAGGGAAAAUGGUUAGUGGUUCAGACAAUGUUGGGAUGAACUAUGGAAGCUACAUGGAAGAGAAGCACAUUCCGCCUCCAAAUAUGACUACCAAUGAACGAAGAGUUAUUGUGCCAGCAGAUCCUACGUUAUGGAGCACAGACCAUGUACGUCAGUGGCUGGAGUGGGCAGUGAAGGAGUAUGGUCUUCCAGACGUGGACAUCUUGUUGUUCCAGAACAUUGAUGGGAAAGAGUUAUGUAAAAUGACCAAAGAUGACUUCCAGAGACUCACACCAAGCUACAAUGCAGAUAUCCUCCUGUCACACCUACACUACCUCAGAGAGACUCCUCUUCCACAUUUGACUUCAGAUGAUGUUGAUAAGGCCUUACAAAACUCUCCACGGUUAAUGCAUGCUAGAAACACAGGAGGUGCCACUUUUAUUUUUCCAAAUACAUCAGUUUACCCAGAAGCAACACAAAGAAUAACAACGAGGCCAGAUUUACCUUAUGAGCAAGCGAGGAGAUCAGCAUGGACGAGUCACACCCAUCCCACUCAGUCAAAAGCUACUCAGCCAUCAUCCUCAACAGUGCCCAAAACAGAAGACCAGCGUCCUCAGCUAGAUCCUUAUCAGAUUCUUGGACCGACCAGCAGCCGUCUUGCAAAUCCAGGGAGUGGGCAGAUACAGCUAUGGCAGUUCCUACUGGAGCUUCUCUCAGACAGCUCCAACUCCAACUGCAUCACCUGGGAAGGCACCAACGGAGAGUUCAAGAUGACCGACCCUGACGAAGUGGCUCGGCGUUGGGGAGAGAGGAAAAGCAAACCUAACAUGAACUAUGACAAACUCAGCCGUGCACUUCGCUACUACUAUGAUAAAAAUAUUAUGACUAAAGUUCAUGGUAAACGCUAUGCCUACAAAUUUGAUUUCCACGGAAUCGCUCAGGCCCUCCAGCCUCACCCCCCGGAAUCAUCCAUGUACAAAUACCCAUCAGACCUACCCUACAUGAGUUCCUACCACGCACACCCCCAGAAGAUGAACUUUGUAGCUCCCCACCCCCCUGCUUUGCCUGUAACUUCAUCCAGCUUUUUUGCUGCCCCUAAUCCAUACUGGAAUUCACCAACUGGAGGUAUUUACCCCAAUACAAGGCUGCCAGCUGCUCAUAUGCCUUCUCAUCUUGGCACCUACUACUAAGUGGGAAAAGAAAGAAACACCAGAAAAAGCAAUAACACUGCUCACUGGGAUACAGUCCCCGAUGAAUUGCAAUGAACUCUAUCAGAGUACAUGAAUUAAAAGUGCCUAAAGAGACAGGUGAAGGUUUGGCUGGGAGAAAAAAACAUUAAAAGUAAAUUUUAAAAUGACUCUUUGCAGUAGGGAUUUAAAGAAGAUAUUCAAGAAGUAUUAAGAUACUAAAAUGUAAUGUAUAUGGGCAUCGACUCUGUGGACCAAACAACAAUGGACUGUUGUAGGUAAAAGCAUGAAAUGAUAAGGAAAACCUAUGAAAGCUAGUGGUCUUAAAAAGUUGAUAAGCUUAUGGGUAAAGUUUGUUAUCUUGCUAAUGCAAAACCUGGGACUAUACUACAGCAAUAUAAGGAUAAGUCUAUAGUGACCUAACAUACAAUAUAUGAAUCAUUACAAAAGAGGGAGAAAAGGGAUUAAAAAGGAAAAAAAAAAACAACAACCACCUACCUGUGUUUUAAAAAUAGAAACAUAUCAAAAUAGACUCAUUUAGUGUGGAAGCUGAUUUGGACUAUGACAGCAUUGUUUUGAUUAAAAUCAAAUGCAUUCCAUUCAUCAGAGCGUUAUCUGCUACUCAAACUGUGAAGACAACCCAAACUUUAGGAUUCCUUGACAGUAUUACGAGAACCCUGAGCCAAACAUUGGAAAUGAGAAUGUGCAGAAGGGAAAGUGUAUGACUGUAGAUCAGAGGCCUGCACCUGACAGAGGAAGCGGAAAGGAGACGGAGGAGGACAAAAGGUGGUGAGAAUGGGAGGAAAUAAACUUCUUUACCAGUAGAGACUGAAGAGACUGAAAAAUUAGUAGUGUUGGGACUAUGAAGAAAUACUUGUUUGGACUUGUGAAACAUUUUGCUCAGUAUCAUACCAUUCCCAGUAUUACAGGAGAAACAGACUUGUUUUUAUAGUAAUUAAAAAAAAAAAAUGGAAAAAGGGAAAAGCAGAAGAAGUCAGAAAUCAGAAUAUGCAUCUCUUUUUUUUUAAAAAAAAGUAAAACUGGAAUUGUAUUUGAUAUUUAAAAGUUAACCAGUUAGAACCUCAUCAUUAUUAGGGGGGUUUCUUUUCUAUUGGCUAAAGCAAGAGACAACCCCUGACUGCCAAAAUCAGAAAUCAUCUAAGUAUUUUUGUUAGGCGGGCGCCAGUUUUUCUUUAUUGAGUCGCGAACGCUGUGCGUUUGUCAGAAUGAAGUAUACAAGUCAAUGUUAUUUUUUCCUUUUUAUAUAAUUAUUAUAUAACUUAUGCAUUUAUACACUACGAGUUGAUCUCGGCCAACCAAAGACACAAAAAGGGACAAUCAAAAAUAUUGUGGCCUUGAAUUUUAACUCUGUAUGCUUAAUGUUUACAUUAUGAAUAUAUUAGUACUUAGAAUGCAGAAUGUAUGUAAUAAAAUAAGCUUGGCCUAGCAUGGCAAUUCAGAUUGACACUGUAGUUUGCAUUCGCAUUUGCAUUUUUAGUACUUGACACGCCUAUCAGAUCUUCUUCCCACUAAGUUAAAAGGCAUUUUGUUUUAAAAUUUUGUUUCAUUAAAUCUGUUAGAUGUAGGACCAAAUAACAAUGCUUAGCAUAAAUUAAAUGUGGACAGAUGCUACGUAUCUUCUUUUCCAGAAAAUUCUACAGAAAUGUUUGCAGCCCUUUGUAACAGUGCCUUGCCAUUCCUGUCCUAAGCUUCUUUCGCCCAGAGAUUGCAACCAUUCCCAAUUCUUUGACAUCUUCAUGGCCAAGAUUAUAAAUGAAUCUAAAGCAGGCCUCUAAGGAAGAAUCCUGUCACCCAGAAAUUAUUUUAUGUUGCCGCCAGAUUAUGCAGCAUAAUCUCAACCUGAGAUGUAUCUUCAUACUGACACGUAUGUUGAAUUACUAUACCCCCUUCCUAUUAAUACAUACUGUAUCAUUAUUAGUAAAUAAAAUGAAUAAUGAAUAACUUCCAUUAUUCCUUACUUUAGGCUGGAGUGUAUAGUAGUUUGUUAAUUUGUCAUUGCAAUCCAUUUUGGCUGUUUACAAAGGGCAGGAUGUUUUCUUUCUGUUCUAAAUUUAGAAGCUUCCCAUAUUGUACCCUCAGCCCCAAAACUACAUCUGAUGCCUAAUGCCAUGGCUCCCAUUUUUUUUGCAACACCUGCUGAAGGUGCAGAAUUAGCACUAACAUUUACAAGUAGCUUUCCACGGAAGGCCAUGCUUACUGCAGAGACCCACAUCAGCUCACACCUUCCAGUAUUUCCCUUUCUUUGGUUGUUCUUUUGUCUCUUUUUAAGACAAAAUGGAUGUGGUUUCAGGUUUAAUAGCAAAUGUUCUUUAUAUCCAUUUUGGGGAGUAGUAAUUAGUGCUGUGCGAUGGGAGCCAAUUGCAAGACUCCCGUCUUAUGGGUGUUUUGGUGGCAGUUAUAAACACAGGGUUAUAUUACUAAUGUUUGACACCAGAGCAGUGGCUGUGUAAGCCUUGUAAUGGUUGGGGAAAUAAGUACUGUAAGCUUGUAUCUCUUAAAAAAUCAAAACUCAUGGAAAGGUUAGAAAAACUGAUUUAUUGGAAAAGGUUAGUCACUCACUAUUUUAAAAAGUUAUGGUAGGCACACCUACAUGCUGACUAUAACAAUAAUAGUUUGUCUUUCAGUAGAAAUAUAUCUACAGAUGCUUGCAAUCUACUUUAUGUGUACUUUUAACUCAAAAAAAAUGGUAAGUGCAUUGUUGAAUCAUGUCGACAUUAAACACUUUAAAAUACAGAUUAAAGAACCAUUUUUGUUUAGAUUGGCUAGAACUUGCCUGGAGGCCUCCAAGUCAUCUCCAGCGCUUGCAGAGUAGUGCAUGGGAUUUCCAGAUAAUGCUGCCCAGCUGCUGAUAUACACAAGAACAACAUCCUAACAUGGAAAGACAGGGUGCAAGUCCUCACUGCAGCAGGAAUGGAGUCAUAGCAGGUGUGCGUGAUGAAGUCCUCUCACAAGGAAAAGCAAUAUCCAACAGCAGGCCAUGACAAAUUUGUCCUGGACAGCCAUCUUAGUGGUACACCUCUCCCCAGGGAUGGCUCACAGCAUUCCACGAGCCUUGGAACACCUGGAUUUUUCAACUCGCAGGAUGAAGAGGAGAAUGAAGGAUGGAGAGCCCUUAUUGCUGCUAGAGAAUUAGGUUGAAGCAGGUGGUUCUGCUGCCCAGGGGCAGCAGCUGUCUUGUUGGGUCUGUCUGCUGUGGGGCAAGAACCAGCCCAUUGUCCAGAGGUGUUAGCUGAAGCAAAACAGGCAGUGGACCUGUGGCAGUAUCUCUGCUGCUCACUGCCUGCUAGUUUGAGCCCAGCACAGCCAAAAUCAGCCUCAGGAAAGCUGAACUCUGCCAUAGAAAACAUUCACAUGAGUCUCAGCUGGCCCCCAAGACCUUGGCUGAAGGUUCUGUCUGCCUGUCUAAGCACAUGGACGCGUGGACAGCAUGACUUCGAUGGAUCCGUGUUUGUACAAGUUGGUCACGCUGAUGUCUUUGUUUAAAUUAGGACUCCUUUUAAAGCAGUACAGCACUAUGUGAACUACUAUGAAAGUAGCAGCUUUAUUUUUCCCGAACUUAAGUUUAAUGUGUGUACUUAUUUUUCUCUAAGAAAUAUGCUCUUGUCUGAGAAGCUGCACUGUAAUAUGGAACAUGAAAUUGAGAUAAGAAGCUGAAAAGAAGCUCAAAUCUCACCUUCCUUUAUCAAGACAUUCCACAAUAUUGAAUCGGAUUUAGUGAAUAUACUAAAAAUGUCUUUAAAGGAUGUAUUUUAUAACACCUGUAUUGGGACUUGUAAGACCAACACAGAUUUUCUCAGAGGUCAAGAUGGCACCACACCAAUCACAUUGAAUGCCUUCAUUCCUCUCACUUUCCAUGUUUAGAAGAGUCCACCCUGGGUACCUCAAAUACCACCUGCUUUUUAAACUAUCCACAGAAAUACAGAGAUCAUCAGCAAUGUAGACUUUCUUCUACAACUGCUCUUGCUCAAACUGUUUCUUAGACCAGUUAAUAACUAAUUUAAAAAUAUUUUUUAAAAUACAAAUACAUUAAAGAAAGGUGAAACAAAAAAAAGCAAUAGAGUUUGUACUAUAUUUCUAAUGAUCCCAUGAUAUUUUUCUAUGGCAUCUUCUCAAGUUUUGAUUAGAAAAGGGGAAUGGCCUGGAGAGUAACCUGAAUCACUGGUAAGUUGGAAUAACAUCUCAUCUGUCCAAAGGACAUCGUUAACUCAUGCUUGAAUUUUAAGUGCCUCCUGAAAUAAUCCUGAUGCAGUGCAAGUGCUUAGCUCCCUGUCUGGCCUUUGGAGUGAUCCUUUGGAUGUUUUCACUGCAAAUCCUACCAGUCUUUGGGACCUAUGUUAAGAAGACUAGACACUACCAUAGAGGCUUAUGGUGCACUGAAGCCAGUCCUUGCGCUUCUCUGGGACUUUGCUGAGCAUCAGCAAAAUGAGUCCUUUAAUGAGUAAUAGAUAACAACACAUAAUGGAAAACAAAAACAAAAACAAAACAAACAAACAAACAACAGCUCCACUUUUCUUGAUAAAGGAUAUUUCUUCUCUUUUGUCCCUCACUGAAAUUGUCACCUUCUUGCUGUGUUGGGCUGUUCAGAGAACUCUCAGCUGAGAAUUGAACUCAGCUAAAAUCUUUCAGUUUGUAGGGCUCGGAGGAAGCCAUCCUUCAGAAGCUGAAGUUAGGGAGGCAAAGGCUAAGGAGGCCAAGAAGCGUCUUCUUUUGUUAAUCAACACUGUGUCUGUCCCUCCAUAAUAAGCACUGCAUAUAAACACAUCUUGUUAAGUUACGUAGCUCUCAGCUAUGCACUUCCUCAUACUUCUCACUUUCUGGUCAUGUCUUGACUUCUGUGAAGACUGUAGAAGUGGGAUCUCACCUUGAUUUCAGCAAGAGGAGAAAGGAAAAUGAGGUCUGAGUAAGUCACACUUCUUCAGAAAGUAUGUGAGGUUGCUCAAAAGGAUGCACUGGCUCCCUGCAGAUUUCCGGGUUCCAGCUGCAGCCUCCAAAGAAGGCUCCACUUCUACCAAUUAGGCAUCAUGGCCACUCCUUCAAGCACUAACCACAGAGGCUACAUCAGACUCAGUAAGAGACUUGUUUGGAGAACUGGAUCACUUCACUAACAGGAUGUCUUUUCAGGCUGCUGGCCUCCAAGAACUGUAUGUCUUUUCUGCAUUCUGCUGCCAGUGGCACGCAGAGCCAAGUAUUGGUUGAGCAAGGGGUAAACUGGUUACACUUUAGGCCAUGUGUAAUGUGGAAAAUUGUUUCAAAACUUAAUGACCUCCAUUGUUUAAAAAGACAUACCUUUUCAGGAAAACAAAAUAAAGCAUUCAAGUUGGUUCUA